CCUGACCCCAAAUUAAUUUGGACCUGGCAGCCGAAGGUGCGGCGAGUACCCGACUUUCCUAAGUGUACUGUGAGGAAGGGUUCUUGAAAUCACGGAGAGCAGUCAUCGGGUGCAGUGGCAUUGCUCUGCCUUGUGUCUUGUUCACCUACCAUGGUGUGGCCGGCCAAGGUCGACGGGAGCCGAUUCUUGACGGGAAAGCAGCUGUGGAUGGCGAUCUGCGGGAUCAAGCGAAUCGCCAAAUGUCGCCUAGACAAGGUUUACAUGUUCACAUUUGUCACGUGCUUGUGCGCUCUCUUUCUGAUAUCCUGGAAACGCCAAGACACCUACAGAGUCUCCAAGGAAAUCGAAGUUCCCAGUUCAGAGUGUCAUCGCUGGUGUUACGAGUACCUUUUGGAGACAGAGGGCAUGCUGCGGCAUUUGCUCAGCAACAAGGGAAAUUUCACAAGCACCAGGUGGCAGCACGAAGGAAGCCGCAAUAAUGGUGACAAUACUCAGGUGACAGACAUUAAGCCAAACGAGGGUGGAUGGUCCAGUGCCCUGGACACGCAACACACAUUCCGGCUCGUGGAGAGGCUGCUCAAGAACGCCAUCCCGGGGCAGGGACCAUAUCCGUGGUCAAAGGUCGUGCACUCUGACCAGAAAGCUGCUAGAAAGGUCGAAUCCGUCAGCUUGACUGCGAGUUUAGGAGUGAUCGGCAAGCAGGAGGAAGAAUUAUUUGUUAUUCUUCCGCUCCAAGGAGUCAGAGGUCAAACAGAGCAAGGUCAAGAGAGUGGGGUGGGUCAAGCCCAAACGUCAUCCGAAGCACGAGGAGGGGUCUCAUCUUCUGCCUCCCAGCAGACUGGGGGAUUGGCGCCAUCCGAGAAAGACACGGUGACGCUCGUGAAGGACCUGCGGGACCGCGUCCAGCGCAUCGCCGCCCUUUGUCCUGCUGUACGCAGGAACCAGACUUCUGCCGAAGUUAAUCGCGAUCACAAAACCGCGGUCGGGCGUACCACGGGUGCUGUGUCCUCUGUGGAGAGAGUAAAGGGUGUCUUCUACGACCCGGGUAGCCGCACCGCCUACUGCUUCGUGCCUAAAGCUGGAUGCACCUUCUGGAUGCGGGUGUUCGCUUUUGUCACUAACAGAACGGGGUCGGCCAGGUCGCCCUGGGAUAUCCCUCGCCUGACCGUGCACGCCGGUGGCAACAGCAGCAACAACGAAAGUAAUUACCCCCACGGUGGUCCUCUGUGGUACUAUGAGAAAGAUGCCAUGGCCCCCGACACCCUGCGCUUUGUCGUGACACGUGAUCCGUUCUCGCGUCUGUGGAGUGCUUACGUGGACAAGAUGAUGUUACCCGAUUUCUGGAAAACCAUGGGCGUGCCAGCUGUUCGUCGUUUCAGGACACACCCGAGCCAGAAAUCCAAGAGGUGUGGCCAUGACGUCACGUUUUCCGAGUUCGUUCAGUGGAGUCUAAGCGUCCGCAACUCCCAUUGGGAGCCCAUCCAUCAGCGCUGCGACCCUUGUCGUUUCCGCCCCCACGUCGUCUCGGACCUUCACACCUUCUCGCGGGAUGCACGUCCGGUCCUGCGGCGCAUGGGCGUGGAGUGGGUGCUAACCAAUCUGACGUCACGAGGACAGCGCGAGGCCGAGCUGCGGACGCUGAUCGAGUACAACUUCGUCCUCCUUGACACCCCAUCCUUGCCCAGCGACUGUCUGACUGAGACGGAACUGGCCCGCCUGCUGUGGAAGACGUUUCAGAUCAACGGUUACCUCCCCAUAGAGGUGCAGUACGAGCAAGCUCUGACGUCGUUUUCAGUGACGUCAUUCACGGAUCACGUGAUAAGCAGAUUCCGGGCAUCGGAGGGCCUGGAGAAACGCCUGAAAGAGCAGAAACGAUACCUGAUGGAGGAGGCGUAUCGGUCUCUAUCACCGGAACUUCUACAGAGCCUCAGGGAGAAGUACGACCUCGAUUUCAAGUUGUUCGGGUAUUCGAGUUCCCCUUUUCGUGCCUAGAGGUGGUGACGACACUCUUCAGGGUGCUUAGUGGAGGAGUUCCUACCUUACAGACGCUUAGUCGCCUUUCACCUGGACUUUCGGGACCUGCAUUACGGGUUGAAAGGGUAGGUAACAGCGAGGAGUGGAAUGUGGCGAGUAGGUUUGACAAUGACCAGAGGAGUCUAGACACUCUGACCCAGUGAUAUGGGGUCAGGAGUAAAGGAAGUGAACAGUCGGCUAGGUUGAGGUGAUUAAUGUAAUAGUGGGUUGACAUAAACCGCAGAAAGUGUUUUGAUACCUUGGUAAGUGCAUGUGACACCUAGAACUAAGUGGUAUACAGACCAGCAGAUUAGAUCGGAGUUAAUGAGCCUGUUGUUGGGAGUGUGUAGCAUUGGUGCAGUGAACCUUACAAAACAAACCAAAACGGCGGGGGAGGGGGAGAGGGAGGAAGAACCGAGGGCCAAAAGCAAGAGAGAAAGAGAGAACACAAAAACAUUUUCCUGUGCAACACCCAACUGCCAUCCAAUAUGUACACGCAUGACUAUGCCCAGGCACUAGACUCGUUGUCACAUGACACAUUCUGUGCACGUCACAGUCAUCUAUCACUGUAACAACGAGUGUCACGCAGUCGCGUGACAGCGCAUGCACGCAUCGCACUAUUCGCCAGACCUCGCUACACAACGAUACGGUUGUUGCCAUGAAAAUGUUUUAGUUUUGACGAGAUAUUUUGUUAUCGCCUAUCGGUAAAACCGUCACUUAUCUAACGUCAUAUUUUGUGACCUGGCUUUAUCCUGGCUGUGAUACUUUUUGAUCUUCUAUGCGAAGCUUUGAGACGCUUUUCCCUCGACUUGCAUAUUAUGUAUGAUGUGAAGACCUUCGCCCCCAGGACAUGCGCCGACAUGUGAAAGUUGUCGGUUGAUGACCUUAAUAUGAGACGUGGGCAGCGACAAGGAAGUGGAUAAAAAGAACAUGACGGCGUUGCGAAAGGUAAAGCACAAAAAAAGUUUUCAAGACGAGUCAAAUGCGAAUCAUUUCUUGCGUGUAAUGACGGAGGUUUUGAAAACAGAAAAAAAUUUCUGGUUAUAAAGAGUCCUCUAUGCUUUUAGGAGGGCAUAGACACGAUCCCGGGGGAAAAAAGAGAUAGUGACAAGCGCCAGUUUAUUGAGGAAUAAAACUGAGAAGGGGACUAAAUGAAAAAAAAAAAAAAACAACAACAAAAAAAAAAAACAAAACGGCCAGAUGAAUAGGGCAAAAGCUAAAGGACAAAAUCAUUGCCAGUCAUCGGCAGUGAAUGCAUGUGGAGACCCGCGCGCAUAUGUGUGUGUGUGCGCUGACACGCAGAUCUAGUGAUUAAAGAUGAAAGAAAAACGUCAAUCAAAAUUAUAAGUGUGACAUAGCCGUCGUUAUUUUAUUAGCCUCCUCUGAGUCCCUGACCCUUGAAAAACCCCAAAAAAGUCAGUAACGGCCACAAUACUGUCGAACCUCUGACCACAACUCGUUCUUGACCAGCAGAUUCCCUUCAUCCAUGUCUGACCGCUCUAUGGGACCAACCACUUCAGCCAGUUCUGCCCACGUCACGUCAGCUGGAAGCUCCAUUCAGGUUCUAUGGCAGGUGGUCGAUGUUUGACCGACUCUGACCUCCUGACCUGAUCACGUCAGUUCUCAUCGGCAGCAACAGCAUUUCUAUGCAAUAUCUGUAGCUGAUAUUGUAAAGGUUUUUUUUAAAAAUCAAAUCACAGCGAGAGCUGUCAACUUUAAAAAAAAAUUAUUUUUACACUGCCUGCUCCCGUUCCUUUUAAUUUCGAUCACGACCUCUGUGUGAGAGAGAGAGAGAGGAGAAAUUUUUAUUUAUGGGGUAACAGAAUGAGCAAAAGCUAUUACACAUCAAAGGUGUUAAUCAAUGGACAUGCUUUUUUGGCACACUGACUUUCAAACCUGGAAUGUGAUUAUUAAUUAUUAUAAAGUUUAUCUUAUUCUGAAUAUUA